CCUUCCGCGACCAGAUUCACACCUGUGCCACCACAUCAGACCCAAAGUCCAUAUGGCCUGGCAGGUACGACCUGGCACGCAGUCAACAUGAGUCAACUCAGGCUUGACCGUUCAUAAAGAGGAGCUCGCCUCCAAGCCAUCCAUCCAUCUCCCCUUGACUCCAUCGCCAGAAUUGCACCGUCAUCAGACAGAUAUCGUUAUCACACAUCCCAACCCAACCAUUACACCAUGGCUCACCACCGCUGCUUUGUCGUUCCCCCUUAUCUCCUCAGUGCCAUUGCCGACAGCUCCCACAACAGCGACGCCCUGCGCGAGUCGGCUCGUCGUGCCCUCCAGCACCAGACCGGCUAUGCAGAACAACGGCAGCUCCGCCUCCAGCUCGUAGAGGCCGAGGCCAACACCGUCGCUCAUCCCCAGCAUACCGAAGGCGUCGUUCCUCUUUACCUGCUCCAGAGCAUUGCUGACAGCCCCCACAACUCUGCUGAACACAGAGAAGCUGCUCACCACACCCUCGGCACCGAGCAGCAGCAUAUCGGGGAGUCAUCCAAGCCAAAGCUUCCCCACAAACUUCACAUCCACCGGGCCAUCUAUGAUGCUCAGCACAGCAUGAACGAGGCCAGCCUGCCCGGCGAGGUUUGUAGGGUCGAGGGCCAGCAAGCUGUGAAGGACGAUUCGGUCAACGAGGCAUACGAAAACACGGGCAAGGUCCUCGACUUCUAUGCCAAGCUCUUCCACUGGAACAGUUAUGACAACAAGAAUGCUCCGGUCAAGAGCUCUGUACAUUUCGGCAAGCAUUACGAAAACGCCUUCUGGGACUCCGAGGCCCGUCAGAUGGUCUACGGCGACGGCCACGACUUUCUCACCAACUUUACCGGCGCUGUCGACGUAAUUGGUCACGAACUGACACACGCCGUCACGGAGCACACCUCGCGACUUGCGUACGUCGGGCAGGCAGGAGCUCUGAAUGAGAGCGUGUCCGAUGUAUUCGGCAUCAUGAUCAAGCAGCUCGUCCAGAACGAGAAAGCCGAAGACGCCGACUGGCUCAUCGGUGAAGACUGCAUCUGCCCUGGCGUCAAGGGCGUGGCACUGCGAAGCAUGAAGGCUCCAGGCACCGCCUACAACGACCCGCGCUUCGGCAAGGACCCCCAGCCAGCACAUAUGCGCGACUACCGUGUCACCACAGUGGACAACGGUGGCGUCCACCUGUACAGUGGCAUCCCCAACAAGGCCUUCCAGCUGACUGCUGUCGGACUCGGCGGCUACAGCUGGGAGAAGGCAGGCAAGAUCUGGUGGAAGACGGUGACUGGCGGACUUAUUGGCCCCAACUGCAACUUCCUCCGGUUUGCCGAUGCAACCGUAAAUGUUGCCGAGAAGGAAUUUGGCGAUGAGGCUGCCACAAUUGUGCGCAAUGCGUGGAAGCAGGUCGGCGUCGUACGAAAGGAGCAUGCCUAAGCUACAACUGUGGGAAACGUGGCUCUUGUACACUCAGAGACGGAUUGACUGCUUCUGUAUCCAUAGACUACUAGACUGAUUAUUGAAUUCAAGUGAAAGUGUUACAUACUA